AAGAGAACAGUAGUAGAAAAAUAAAACAAAGUUGGAUAUGGACGACCCAGCACUUACCAGCCAGGCAAUCGCAGAGCUUAUGCGCGAAUUCCCAAGCAACAACGGCAAGGCUUCCUACGAACCACAAGAGCGCAAAAUUAAUCCACUGGGCAAACCAAACAAAAAGUUUUUGGGGCGAACAAUAAACAAUGCACUGUGGCACAACAAGCGGGCAAUUGAGCGCACGCAGGCGAGCUGCCAGCAAAAGCUUCAGGAAUUAGACGACAGAUACGAGAGGCGCAAAACAAAUGCCUUCUACAGCCGUAAUAAGAAGGAAGAAUCAUGCAGAAGAAGGGAGCGUAAAAGUCGGUCCAGGAAGAAAUUGAGAAAGCGACACAAAAGCAGAAGCUCAUCUAGGGAAUCGCGAAGUCGCAGCCGAAGCCACAAAAGGAAACACAAGAAAAAGCACAGUAAAUUUAAGCGUAGACAACGAAGAAGAAGAAGCACCAGCAGCAGCAGCAGCAGUGAAGCAGCGCCGCCAGCGAACACAGCUGACGAGUUAACAGUGCCGAGACCCGAGUACUACGUACAUUCAAAUAAUUUGGCGCUAGCAAUGGCUAUGGCCUACAGUCAAACGUUGUUCGCGCACCAAACGCCAGCUAAUAAACCACACUCACCCGCUUCGCCUUCCAGUGAUAUAAUCAGGGAGCUGAUGUCGGAUGAGGAAACGAUGAAACAGGAAAUCCAGUCGGAUACGCUAUCCGUUGCAUCAUCAAGUGAAGAAGUUCCCGAAAUUGUCACAAUUGAUGUGAGUUCGCAGGAUGAGCGAUCUGUUGGCAGCUCAGCUGGAACUGACAAUGAAAGUGACGCUAGCAGCUGCAGCUCCAUAGCUCUGGUAGACAGCGGCAGCGAUGAAUUGUCAUCUAAUAAUGGCAGUGAUAUAGAAAUAAUUGAGUGUGAUACAGAGCCAAAAGAAGAACAGAAUCAAUUACCAGUGGAGUCCACGCAACAGGCAGAUCCGGAGGCAGCGUUGUCUGCCCCAGCAACCACGGUGGAUUUGACUGACGAUUAGCAUAAUUAGUUAGAGCAAACUAAAAAAGGGACCAUUAUUUUUACAAGUCUGUUAGAAAAAUGUUAUGUUAACAGUUUAUGUUAAUAAAAACAGUUAAUAACGUGAGAGUGCUCUAGCAUAUGUCUGUAUGUACACAUACAUUUCAACAAACUUUAGUAUAAACAAACAAGUGUGCAUGCAUAUCAAACUGGGGCAAUCGACAGUGGUGAAUCGUGCCCGUCGUUUAUCCUGAGGAGUGCAAAGCGUUGUUAAAAAAACGAAAAGAAAAUAAACAGUGCUCUCGUACGUGUUGUUUUUUUUUUGGCUAUUUGCCUUGCAUAUAACGGCACUAUUAAGGG